GCCAUUCGGUUUACAAGAUGGCGGACAGGCGACGGCGGCGGAAGCGCGCGUCCCAAGACAGCGAAGACGAGGACGAGUCCGGUUCGGGUACCGGUACCGCGGGGUCCGGUUCGGCCGCGGCGAAGAACGGGGCCCGGGUCCCAGAACCCGUGGCAGUGCCGCCGAUCAGCACCAGGGUGAAGGCAGACCGGGAGGACGAGUCGGAGUGUGAGAGUGAAGAUGGCAUAGAAGGGGAUGUUGUCUUGUCUGAUUAUGAGAGUGCAGAAGAAAACGGCUCUCGCUCUGAGGCCGAGGAGGAAGAGGAGGGACAGGGGGGAGGAGAAGAGUUCAGCCAGGACGAGACACCGGAGCUGCUAGCGGAGAGCAAGCCGGUCUCUGGAGAGCAGGGGGGUGCGGUGGAGGAGACCGAGGCAGCUCAGAACAAGGAGGAGAAAGCCAAGGAGAAAACACUGGCCGGGGAGAGGCAGAGUGGAGAUGGACAGGAGAGCACAGAGUCACCAGAGAGCAAGCCUGGGGAUGAACCAGGGAACAAGCUGGAUGAUGAUGAGGAUCGUAAGAACCCGGCGUACAUCCCCCGCAAGGGGCUGUUCUUCGAGCACGACGUGAGGGGGGCGGCGCAGGAGGAGGACAUGCGGCCUAAGGGGCGCCACAAGAAGCUGUGGAAGGACGAGGGCCGCUGGGUUCAUGACAAGUUCCGCGAGGAAGAGCAGGCGCCCAAAUCCCGCGAGGAGCUCGUCUCCAUGUACGGAUACGAUAUCCGCCACGCGAACGGGCCCUCCGACCUCCAACCCCAGCGCUGCCGCAAACCCAGGUACACGGACAGCCCCCUUCCGGGGCGGGACAAGAGGUGGCACGAUGCGGAGAAGCCAAACCGCAUUCCGUGGCACUCCGGCACCACCACCACCAACAACCACCCCCCUCCUCCCUCAUCGCAGCAGCAGCACGGCGCACCCCAGUCCUCGCGGCCUUACGGGGCAUCCUGCAACUCCACGGUGGGGUCCGGACGCAUCUCCCAACAACCACGCACCUUCCAGAACAGCAGGACUGCCCCCAGUAACCCCUCCCCCAGUGCUUACUUACCGCACAGAGAAGGACGCACGAACUUCAAGCCUGCAGAACAGCACGUUUGCAGCGAGCGAGAGCGCGCCAGAAACUACAGCAACAACCACCGCACCCGCUCCAAAUACGAGCCCCGGUGUUCUCCUAACGUAGUGGUGGAGGAGUAUCAGGAUGAAGGGAACGAGGAGGGGGAGUGGGAGGGAAGAGAGACAAAGGAGUCUUAUUGUUCCAGACAGCCCCAGGAGAGGGAUUUCACAGCCCUGUCCCGGAGGAAGGAGGAGGAGGAGGAGGAGCAGCAGCAGCAGCAGCAGCAGCAGGAGGAGGAGGAGGAGGAGGAGGAGGGCAGCGGCGGUGUUCACCCAGACACUGCUUUCCCAGCCAGGGAUCAGGGUGGCUCCUCCUCCCCUCUCCCUCCGUCUCCUACCGUGGCUACUGAAAGGACUGUGGAAAAGAAGUCUUAUUCCCGAGCCCGGAGGACCCGGAAUAAAGCCUCGGAGAUCGGGAAGCAGGCGUCUGUGGAGGAGCCCCUGCCCCCCCUGCAGCUCGGGGGGGCCCUGCCGGACUCUGCUCAGGUGCUCCCCCCUCAGAAGGCCCAGCUGACCCCCACAGCCCACCCGGCGGUGAAGGCGGAGUCCUGGGAGCCCCCUCUCGAAGGGGUGGGAGGGUCGGGCGGCGGUGGGGGGUUGGAGCACGAGAUGGCCUGCAUGAACCUGAGUGCACAGAGGAGCUGGACCUCGAGCCAGCCUCCCUACAUCCCCGGAGAGAUGAGGGGCAUUCCCAAUCAGAUGCACAUGGGAGCCGCCCCUCAUCAGUACACCAGGAUCGACGAGAUGGGUGUGGGCGUGGGCAGAGCAAAGCGUUACUCCUCCCAGCGGCAGCGCCCAGUCCCCGAACCCACUGCCAUGCACAUCGGCAUCAUGGAGGGACACUACUACGACCCGCUACCUUUCCAAGGACCACUCUACGCUCAUAGUGAGAGCCCCACCUCCCUCCCCCCUCAGGGCAUGAUGGUCCAGCCCGAAAUGCACCUGGCACACCCAGGUCUGCACCCUCACCAGCCACCCGCCCCACUUCCCAACCCUGGUCUGUACGCCGGCCCCCCCGUCUCUAUGUCUCCAGGGCAGCCCCCCCCAGGACCGCUCCUCGCACCCGCGUACUACUCCCCCCCAGGGGUCAUGACCUUCAGCAACACAAACUUCUCCUACCCUGCUGGGGCCACAUUGCCCCCUAUGUACCCCAAUCCUCAGGUGUAUGGCGGGGUCACGUACUACAGCACGGUUCAGCAGCAGGCUCAGUCCAAACCCUCCCCGCCUCGCAGGACCUCCCAGCCAGUCUCCAUCAAGCCCCCUCCCCCUGAGGGCCCACACCUGCUCCCGGAGUAGAGCUGCCUGCAGUGAUCACCUCGGGGGGGUGGUAGAAAUGAAACGGUGAAUGAGAAGAACAGCGCCUGCACUGGGCCGGGUGCUGUCAAUACAGACCAGACCAGCCCAGAAACAGUCCUUGAACACUUUGAUUUUUUUAUUUUAAACUUGUAUUUGUAAUGUCUCUCAAAGCCCCCCCGCCCUGUGCCAUCUACUAAUCUCCUCAUCUGUUUGGCUUUCCCAGAAUUGAUCACCCUCUCUGUGAAGCCUUUUGCAAGCUCGCUAGAUCCAUCUAGCCCACAUAUCAAGGCCUAGAAUUGUUAAAGGUUGCUGCACGGUUUACUCCCCUGUAGUUUAGUGCCCCCCUGUGGUAAAGUGAGGUAUAGUAACACACAGCACAACACCCAAUAUGCCCUUUUU